ACCCCAGUUUCCCCCAAACAAAAAGCUCAGGUACAGAUUGACAAGCCAAGAAAGGAAGAGUCCGUCAGUAGUGACCGGGCAACGCCCCAAGAUUCGCGCUCUGCCGCUCAUCUCUCUCUCUCUCUCCCCUCCGCUUACGAUUUUCUCGCACUUUUCGUGCCGCCCACCCACCAACUCCUCCUUCCUUCUCCUCCCAAUUUCCCCCAAACAAAACUGAAUCGCUCCCCUAAAUCUCGUUUUCUCAUCGAACCUAAGUUUUUUCUUUUGCCCGAUCCGGUCCCUGAGAAUUUCUUGUUAGAAAAAAAAAAAACUGGAGAAACAAAAGGAAAAACUGAGGGUGAGAUCAUUGCCCUGAUCUUUUUGCUCACCUGCCAAUUUCCCCUUUUCGUGUUUACGUUGUGACAUUUCGUAUUCAGUUCAUUGGAGGGCAUUUGGUACCUGCUCUUUCGUUCAGUCUUCUCGUUUCGCCAAUUCCGAGACGAUAAAGCUCCAGUCUUUUGUCUGUAUUCGGAUUCAGAGAAUUUCUUGGUGCAUUUUGGUGUAUGUGGCUCUUAGUCGAUUGGGAAUUUUGGCUUUGGCAUUGCUUUCUUGGGGAUCUGCGGAACUUUGUUGUUAUUUGAGCAAUUGGGGCUUUCUGUGGGGCUCUUGAUUCUCCCUCCCUGCGAUCAAAGGGUGGAGCUUGAAUCUCACAUCGUGAAUUUGAAAAAAUUGCAAACCCAUCAUUAAUUUUGGGAUUAGAGGGAUUUUGGAUACUGGGUUUUUAAGCAAGUAGUGCUUGAUUUCUUUGGGUUUAAUCGGUGUUUGCCGGACGCUGGCUUUGGGAAAUGGGAUUUCUGGAUUGAUUGGCUGUGUUUGUUCAUGGUGUUUAGAAGUGGGGUGAAGUGUAUAUGUAAUUCUCCAAUGACCUCAUUGGAGAAUUAUUUAUGACUUCUGGGCACCCGUUGCUGUCUUCGUCUGAUUCUCCAUCAGCGCCACUGGUUCCAUCCUCUUCUCUUACUAAGAACCUUGCCCGUAUCUCCUCCAAUGCUUCAUUUUCUUCUUCCAGUCUUGACAACAAUGAUGAUGCUCAAAGUGAUUUACUUGAAGUGAAGGACGACGUUGCUGUUUCUGGUUGCUCUGAGAAACCCUUAGAAAAUUCCACUAAUCUUGCUGGUCCACUCGGUUCUCGGUUAUUGCCGCAGUUUCCGUUGGAAAACCCCACGCGGGAUAGAAGACGCCUGGUGUCGUGGGGUGCCAUGGAACUGCAUAAUGAAACUAGAAAUUCAGGAACUCUUGAAAUCUCCCAGGGUUCAUCUAGGGUUCAGGAAAAGUUGUCUCAGAGGAUCCGUCACAAAAGUGUGCAGUUAGAUGAUAACUUGCUGCAUGAUGACAAUCCAAGGUUGAUCUAUAUUAACGAUCCGAAGAGGACAAAUGACAAAUAUGAGUUCACUGGGAAUGAGAUUCGAACUAGCAAGUACACCAUCAUUACCUUCUUGCCCAAGAAUCUUUUCAUUCAGUUUCAUCGGGUUGCUUAUUUGUAUUUUCUAGCUAUUGCUGCCCUCAACCAGCUUCCACCUCUUGCAGUCUUUGGAAGAACGGUGUCUCUUUUCCCCCUUCUGUUUGUGCUCUGUGUCACAGCUAUCAAAGAUGGCUAUGAAGAUUGGCGAAGACAUAGAUCAGACAGGAAUGAGAAUAACCGGGAGGCUCUGGUGUUUCAAUCUGGCCAAUUUCAACCGAAGAAAUGGAAACAUAUUCAAGUGGGCGAGGUUCUAAAGAUUUGUGCUGAUGACACAAUUCCUUGUGAUGUGGUCUUGUUAGGGACAAGCGACCCUAGUGGAAUUGCCUACAUUCAAACAAUGAAUUUGGAUGGUGAGUCGAACUUGAAAACAAGGUAUGCGCGGCAGGAAACAACUUCAGCUGUAUGUGAAGGGUGUGCAUUUUUAGGGCUCAUCAGAUGUGAACAACCUAAUAGGAAUGUCUAUGAGUUCACUGCCAACAUGGAGUUUAAUGGGCAUAAAUUUCCCCUGAGUCAAUCAAAUAUAGUUUUGCGUGGUUGCCAGCUGAAGAACACAGCCUGGGCAAUUGGUGUCGUGGUAUAUGCUGGACAGGAAACCAAGGCAAUGCUGAAUAGUGCAGCUUCUCCUUCCAAGAGAAGUAAACUGGAAAGCUACAUGAAUAGGGAAACUCUCUGGCUGUCGGUUUUCCUUUUUGUUAUGUGUGCAGUUGUGGCCACUGGCAUGGGCCUGUGGCUCAUGCGCCAUAAAGGUCAGAUUGAUACCUUGGCUUAUUACCGGAAAAGAUACUACUCUGAUGGGAAAGAGAAUGGAAAAACCUUUAGGUUUUAUGGGAUACCUAUGGAGAUCUUUUUCUCCUUUUUGAGUUCCAUCAUAGUUUUCCAGAUAAUGAUACCAAUCUCUCUUUAUAUUACAAUGGAGUUGGUUCGAUUGGGCCAGUCAUAUUUCAUGAUCGAAGACAGGCAUAUGUUUGACAGUAGCUCUGGCUCAAGGUUCCAGUGCAGAUCGUUGAAUAUUAAUGAGGAUUUGGGUCAAAUACGAUAUAUUUUUUCAGACAAGACAGGGACACUUACCGAGAACAAAAUGGAAUUCCGAAGAGCAAGCAUAUUUGGGAGGAGUUUUGGGACCUCUUUGCAGGAAGCAAAUGUUGCAGGAAUAGGAUUAGGUAGAAAGAGAUGGAAGCUCAAAAGCGAAAUUUCUGUAGAUAAUGAGCUUGUGGAAUUUUUGCACAAAGACUUAAGUGAAAAUGACAGGAUUGCUGCACAUGAGUUUUUUCUUACAUUGGCUGCUUGCAAUACUGUGGUUCCUAUUGUCAGUAAUGGUACAUCUUCCAGUUGCGGAAAAAGUGAAUUAGAUGAUGUAGAAGCUAUUGACUAUCAGGGGGAAUCUCCUGAUGAGCAAGCAUUAGUUUCUGCAGCCUCUGCAUAUGGAUAUACGCUUUUUGAGCGCACAUCUGGGCACAUUGUUAUGGAUGUCAAUGGUGAGAAACUAAGGUUGGAUGUAUUGGGUCUGCAUGAGUUUGAUAGCGUGCGAAAAAGGAUGUCCGUUGUUAUCAGAUUUCCAAACAAUACUGUAAAGGUUUUGGUGAAAGGUGCUGACACUACUAUGUUCGGCACUUUAGCAAAUGACUCUGAAAGGGAUGAUCAUCUGACGCGUUCAACUCAAAGCCAUCUGAAUGAAUAUUCCUCAGAAGGUUUACGUACUCUUGUGGUUGCUGCCAGGGAUCUUACAGAUGAACAACUUGAGCAGUGGCAAAGCAUGUAUGAAGAUGCAAGUACCUCGUUGACUGAUCGUUCCUCGAAAUUACGUCAAACAGCAGCUCUCAUCGAAUGCAACUUAAAGCUUCUUGGGGCGACUGCUAUUGAGGAUAAGUUACAAGAUGGUGUGCCGGAAGCUAUUGAGUCUCUCCGGCAAGCAGGGAUCAAGAUUUGGGUUCUUACUGGAGAUAAGCAAGAGACAGCUAUUUCGAUUGGUCUAUCAUGCAAACUCUUGACAGCAGAUAUGCAACAAAUCAUUAUAAAUGGAACUUCUGAGGAUGAAUGCCGAAAUCUUUUGGCUGAUUCUAUGGCAAAAUAUGGUGUAAAAUCGUCCAAUAAAAGAGACCCAAGUUUCAAACUGAAAAAAAAUGCUGAAAAUGGCUACCUUGAGAUACCUGGCAAUGCAAAGACAUCCUGUGUGCCUGAAUGGAAUGGAGGGAAGGAAGAAGGAAAAAGGAACGCACCAUUAGCACUCAUAAUAGAUGGGAACAGCUUGGUAUACAUUCUGGAGAAAGAACUAGAGUUAGAGCUAUUCGACCUUGCCACAUCCUGUAGUGUUGUGUUAUGCUGUCGUGUUGCACCUCUGCAGAAAGCUGGAAUUGUUGAUCUGAUCAAGACUCGUACGGAUGACAUGACAUUGGCUAUAGGUGAUGGGGCAAAUGAUGUUUCAAUGAUCCAAAUGGCGGAUGUUGGAGUUGGAAUUUGUGGUCAGGAAGGACGUCAAGCUGUGAUGGCUUCAGACUUUGCUAUGGGACAGUUUCGGUUUUUGAAAACAUUACUUUUGGUGCAUGGUCACUGGAAUUAUCAGCGUGUUGGCUAUAUGAUUCUGUACAACUUCUACCGCAAUGCAGUUUUUGUACUGAUGCUAUUUUGGUUUAUAUUGUCCACUGCUUUUUCAACAACUUCUGCUUUAACAGAUUGGAGUAGUGUUUUCUAUUCUGUCAUUUAUACUUCACUCCCCACAAUUGUUGUUGGUAUACUGGACAAAGACUUGAGCCACAGGACACUGUUACAAUAUCCAAAACUCUAUGGUGCUGGCCAUAGACAUGAGGCAUACAAUUUACAUCUCUUCUGGAUCACAAUGCUUGACACCGUAUGGCAGAGUCUUGUUCUCUUCUAUGUACCCCUCUUCACCUAUAAGGAUAGCUCAAUAGACAUAUGGAGCAUGGGCAGUUUAUGGACGAUUGCAGUUGUUGUCCUUGUCAAUGUGCAUUUGGCAAUGGACGUUCAUCGUUGGGUAUUCAUCACUCAAAUCGCAGUAUGGGGUUCAAUAAUUAUCACAUAUGCCUGUAUGGUGGUAUUGGAUUCUAUACCUGUCUUUCCUAAUUACUGGACUAUAUACCAUUUGGCAAAGUCUCCCACAUAUUGGAUCGCCAUUUUGCUUAUAACUGUUGUCGCGUUGCUCCCUCGCUUUGUGUUCAAAGUUGUAAAUCAUAUAUUUUGGCCUUCGGAUAUCCAGAUAGCUAGGGAAGCCGAGGUUUUAAAUAGGCAACGUAAACAUUUGAGCUCAAAGCAAGACGACAGUUCAAGUUGACAUGUAUUACCAGGCUUCGAGACAGAUUUUCAUUCUGAGAUGGCUUCCCUUUUGUUUGUCCAGCGUACAUCUUUCCAGUGGCAUGCGGUUAUAAAAUAUCAAAGAUGAGUUGCAUUGGCUGACUACAUGCAAAAUAAAUCGUAGGUAUUUGACAAAAGAGUGGAGUAUCCCGUCAAGGGACAAGAAGACCGGAAGGUGGAUGGUCUAGGCCAAAGGAGUGUGCUUGGCGUGUACAGAAAACUCGUAUGGCCAACUCUCGCCGGGGAAGGGAAAUCAGGUGGAAGAGAAAGAAGAAAGAAACCCGAGUUGAGGAACCUCAAGCAACUUGUCGAAUACUUUUUGAUGUCGUCAGGCACUGACAAUAGUGAAAAACUUAGAUGGUUGUGUAAUAGCUUUGUCAUGAUGCAGUGCAUAGAGAGGGGAAGAGAGGGAGGAAAGGGAAAAAGAAAGAAAAACCAGAGUAUAUGAUAGGUGUGUGUAGAGAUCAGAUCUGCCUUUUUUUUCUUCUUACGGCUUAACAUAUAAAAUGAAAAAAGGAAAGACUUCUUGUCA